UUUAGAGGAGGAGGAGGGAGCAUGUGCUGACUAUAUUAGGAGUUCAGGAGCUGUGUGUGGAGCAGAUAUCUGAAACUAUUAAUAGCUGAGCCUGUAGAGUCGGGGAGGGAGUCAGGGAGGCUGGAAACUUGCCGGUUAGCUGAGCUGAGCUGAGAGGACAGACCUCCAAAAGCAUCUUCCUGUUCUGAGGUGCCACCCGGCCUGGGUGCCAUGUCCUUUUGCUCCACAUGAGCUCGACUAUGUGGUACAUCAUGCAGAGUAUUCAAAGUAAAUACUCCCUUUCAGAAAGGCUCAUCAGAACCAUUGCAGCCAUCCGCUCAUUUCCACACGAUAAUGUGGAAGACCUUAUACGCAGGGGUGCAGACGUGAACCGGAUGCAUGGCACCCUGAAGCCUCUACACUGUGCCUGUAUGGUGGCCGAUGCAGACUGUGUGGAGCUUUUGUUGGAGAAAGGUGCAGAGGUCAAUGCCUUGGACGGAUAUAACCGCACAGCUUUACACUACGCCGCAGAGAAGGACGAGGGCUGCGUGGAGCUUCUGCUGGAAUAUGGAGCUCAUCCCAACGCACUGGACGGCAACAAGGACACGCCCCUACACUGGGCCGCCUUCAAAGACAACCCCGAGUGUGUGCGUGCCCUGCUGGAGAGCGGCGCCUGCCCCAAUGCCCGUGACUACAACAAUGACACGCCUCUCAGCUGGGCGGCCAUGAAGGGCAACCUGGAGAGCGUGCGCGUGUUACUGGAGUACGGCGCCCAAGUGCACGUCACCAACCUCAAGGGCCAGACGCCCAUCUCCCGACUGGUGGCUCUGCUGGCGCGGGGCCUGGGAACGGAGCAGGAGGAGGAGUGCCUGGAGCUCCUGUGCCGAGCCGCAGGGAAGUUCGACAUCCGCAGGGCCGAUGGCACCUUGCCCCGCGAGCUCAGCAAAGAUCCUCAGCUGCUGGCCCGCCUCACCGGCAUGGUGGCCCAGCCCCCUUUGCUGCGAGCUCUGGCCCGCUGCGCUGUGCGAAACAGCCUCGGUGUGCAAUAUCUCCCAACUGCUGUAAAACAGCUACCACUGCCAGAAUCAGUCAAAGAGUAUGUACUCCUCAGAGACUGAGGAUAGGGGCAUGUGCAAAAAUGAGAGAACGGACUGCCUGUAAAGCAAGAGAGGAGGUAGUAGUUGUUAUUUUCUUUUAAUUGUAUUGGAAUGCUUGCAACAAUCUGUCUGUGUGAAUGAGAGAGCUUGUUUUUUUUUUUUUUCUUUUUUUUUUUCUUUUUUUUUUCAUUACACAUUUUUUAUUGUCAUAAACUAAUAUGGGUUGUGUCUGUUUGAAAUUCACUGUACUUAAAUUUACAGAAAUUGAUCUUUAGCUGUUACAAAACAGUUCUAAUCCAUAGUAUUAUAAUACUAAAAAAAGGGUUUUUUGCAUGAAAGAGAAGAUACGUUAAUUAGCCAUAACAUUAAAAGCACCUCCUCGUUUUUACAUUUAUUGUUCAUUUUUACAGCUUUGUUGAUCAUAUAGGAACCCUUUAUUUCUAUAAUUAACAACUGUAGUCCUGUAUCUGUUCCUCUGCAUACUUUAUUACUUUAUUAACCUCCUUUCACCCUGUUACCCACAGAACCACCACAGGUUGGCUAUUAUCAGUGCAGAUACAGUCAGAUACAGAAACUCUGUUACCUGUUUAUUUAUGGUUGUUGGACUAUUCUCAGUCCAGCAGGGGCACUGAGAUGUUUAAAAACUCUAGCAGCACUGCUGUAUCUGAUCCAGCACAACACAUACUACUAAUACCCACCACUGUGUCAUUGACUGCAGUGCCCACCACCCAGAUUAUACUUGCUAUGUGGUGGUCCUGUAGGGUCCUGUAGGGUUCUGACCGUUGAAGGACAGGGUGAACAGAGGAUAAUAUCUCUAAAAUAAGUAUGCAGAGAAACAGAUACAGGACUACUCUCUGUAAUUAUAAAAAAAACUACAAAGAGCUCCUAUAUGCUCAGUAGAACAGAAAAAAUGGAAACAAUUCAGUAAGUGUAGAAACUAGGUUUGUGAUAUUAAAGGAGAACUCCGAUGUAAAAUGUACUUUUGUGUAGUAAAACAUGAUAAACAGUACUUACCUUUGUUAAAUAGCCCGCUUCCUGAGAUACAGUACUUUUGUACUUUUUGCCAAGCACUCUAUACAAGGCUGCAUCGGGGCAUAUUUUGCCCCAAUAAAUCGCUUUUUACACCGUUAUCCAGCUCAAAAUAGCUCCACACCUCCUUGCGAGAAUCCGGAGAGCCCUGACAAUAUACUGAUAAUGACAGACAUAUAUACAUAGACUCCGCAUAGUGUAGCAGCUGGUGCCAGGAGUCUAUGUAUGUAUAUAAAUCUAUUAUUUUCAAUGUAGUGAUGGUGGUGCUCGUAGCUGAAAGCUAGCGGCACGGGAUGUAAACAGUGGUUUUUAAUAAGCUUCUUGUGCACUGUUUAAGUUCUUAAUGCCUCGUUGUAAAUGGGGUAUAUAUAAAUACUGCUGUUGUACAGAGUGCUGGGCAAAAAGUACAAAAUGGCUGGAUCUCAGAAAGCUGUGGAAGAGAGGAGGUGGGCUACUCAACAAAAGUACUUUUCAACAUGUUUAACUACACCAAAAGUUAAAAUUAAAGUCAGUUCUCCUUUGAUAUUAUGGCUGACUGGUGUACACUACUUUAAAAUAUUAGAAAAUUGAAAGAUUUGUUGUGAACUUUACCUUGACAUAUGUUCAUAAACACACGUGUUGCGCACAAAACAGAAGUUUGCUUAUUGGAAACUUUUAAAUUGACCUUUCCUUUUGCCUGUUGACUCUGCAUUGGCUUUUAAAUGAAAAAAAAAACAAAUGCUUGAGUAAUUAUUAUUUAUUAAUCUGAGUUCAUUUUAGCUCUGGAGAUUGUAUUGUAUAUCUUUCAUUUGGUGCUGGGGUACAAGUUUAUGUGAUGUUUUCAGAUGGCAUUUUUGAGAUGGCAUUUUUUGAUUCAGUUAGUUUGUUUUGUAGAGGCUGCGAAUUCUUCAGUUCUGAAUCUGACGAUGUUAAUUAUGAUGAUGAUGAUGAUGAUGAUGAAUUAUCUGGUUUAACACAGCAUGAUCAUUCCAUGUUCAGACAACCCAUGACUGGUAUAUCUUAAAACACAGGAAUUAUACAGAGCUUGUACCCAGCUAAACCUUUGAAUCUUGAGUGAAACCUAAGUGACUUCCCCAAAAAUGUUAUCGCUGUGGUCUCUGUUUGUACAGUACAGUGGUAGCCUGAUUAGAAAUUGUUAGUAAAUGUGAUGCUUAAAGCUGAAGUGUGUGCAGCCGGCCAUUACUUCCACACCAAGAACUACAACAAGUAAAAGCCUUUCUGCUAUUCACA